CGCUAUAAAAACAUGUCGUUUGAGACCGUAGUCGUGAAGCCGGAACCUAAUUAUGAGGCCCUGGACGCGGACGAGGCGAAUGACGGAUUUACAGAUGAUGUGUGUGUGAAGGUGGAACCGUUGGCUCAGCUGCCUGACUGUGACAGCUCUAAUGAGGAUGCGGAGGCCGAAGGAGGGUACUCCUACCAUGAGGUCAAAGACGAACUAGAGUUGGGACCAGAGGUGGUUCAGGAACCUCGCCACACUACGUCCAGUCACACAGCGACUAUCAAAGACGAAGAUCUGCUUGUACGUCGCGCCACCGCUUACACUAAAAAAGAAAUCAAAUCACAAGAGAAAAAAAGAAGCAUUAUCCUUCAAGAAUCCGCAGAAACUAACAUAUAUGUCUGCGACAGUUGCGGUAAAACUUUUAAACGGAAAAAUAAACUAAUUCAACACAUCUAUACACAUUUGCGGAGAAUUUCAAAACAAAUUCCAAAGCAGCUCAGAAAAAGGAAAAAAUUACCUGCCUGCGAAACUUGCGGGAAGGAAUUUGCGACAAGGGAUUAUUUAAAACGUCAUAGAAAAAUACAUACACGGGAAAAAGUGUACACGUGUGAAAUAUGCAGCAAAGAGUUCUUUAGUGCAGGCAAUUUGAAUAAACACAAAAUAACUCACACAAAAACGAAGGCGUACGCAUGCGAUAUAUGCAAAAAGACGUUCAGUUACAUAGACUCUUUAAAAACACAUAAACGUAUUCACGACGGAGAGAAACCUUAUAGUUGUGUUACGUGCGGGGCGCGAUUCACGCAAUUAUGUCAUUUGAAUGUUCAUAAAAGGACCCAUACGGGUGUAAAACCGUUCUCCUGCGAAAUAUGCAAGAAGCAGUUUACUACAAAACCUACUUUAAAGGAGCAUGUGCGAGUCCACACCAAUGAGAAACCCUAUUCAUGCGAUAUAUGUAACAAAAUGUUCAGUUACAAGACUAGUUUUAAACAUCAUAAAAUAACACAUAUGGAAGUCAAACCUUACUGCUGCGAAAUGUGUCAAGCGCAGUUUUCACAGUUGUUUAACUUAAAGAGACAUUUGCUGAAACACCACUCACCUAUCCCGCUGCCACCUUCGAAACCACACGCUUGCCACAUAUGCACAAAGCGGUACAAUGACAAGCGUGACUUGACUAGGCAUUUAUUGACUCACGCGUAG